CGCGACUGCAGCAGCGCCGGCUCCCUCCCGGUCCCCGCCUCGGCCCCGGGCUUGGAAGCGGCUCGGGGGGCGCCCUUUCGGCCAGCGACGUUGUCGGCCCCCUCCCCAGCCCCAGUCCCUGGAGACCCACGAUCGCCAGCGCCCAGCCAGGGAGCCGGCCGGGAAGCGCGAUGGGGGCCCCCUCCGCCCUGGCCCUGCUCCUGCUCCUCGCCUGCUGCUGGGCGCCCGGCGGGGCCAACCUCUCCCAGGACGAUAGUCAGCCGUGGACAUCCGAUGAAACGGUGGUGGCCGGCGGCACAGUGGUGCUCAAGUGCCAAGUGAAAGAUCACGAGGACUCCUCCUUGCAGUGGUCUAAUCCUGCCCAGCAGACUCUCUACUUUGGGGAGAAGAGAGCCCUUCGAGAUAAUCGGAUUCAGCUGGUGAGCUCCACGCCCCACGAGCUCAGCAUCAGCAUCAGCAACGUGGCCCUGGCAGACGAGGGCGAGUACACCUGCUCCAUCUUCACGAUGCCUGUGCGAACCGCCAAGUCCCUCGUCACUGUGCUGGGAAUCCCACAGAAGCCCAUCAUCACUGGUUACAAAUCAUCAUUACGAGAAAAGGACACAAUGACGCUCAACUGUCACUCUUCUGGGAGCAAACCUGCAGCCCAGCUUACCUGGAGGAAGGGUGACCAAGAACUCCAUGGAGAACCGACCCGAAUACAGGAAGACUCCAAUGGGAAGACCUUCACCGUGAGCAGCUCGGUGACAUUACAGGUUACCCGGGAGGAUGACGGAGCAGACAUUGUGUGCUCAGUGAACCACGAAUCUCUAAAGGGAGCUGACAGAUCCACCUCUCAACAUAUUGAAGUUUUAUACACACCGACUGCAAUGAUCAGGCCGGACCCUCCACAUCCCCGUGAAGGACAGAAGCUGUCGCUGCACUGUGAGGGUCGAGGCAAUCCCGUCCCCCAGAAGUACCUCUGGAUGAAGGAGGGCAGUGACCCGCCCCUGAAGACCACCCAGGAGAGCGCCCUCAUCUUCCCCUUCCUCAACAAGAGUGACAGCGGCAUCUACGGCUGCACUGCCAUCAGCAACAUGGGCAGCUACACGGCCUACUUCACUCUCAAUGUCAACGACCCCAGUCCUGUGCCCUCGUCCAGCAGCACCUACCAUGCCAUCAUCGGCGGGAUCGUGGCGUUCAUCGUCUUCCUGCUGCUCAUCCUGCUCAUCUUCCUCGGACACUACUUGAUCCGGCACAAAGGAACCUACCUGACGCACGAGGCCAAGGGCUCCGACGAUGCCCCAGAUGCGGACACGGCCAUCAUCAACGCAGAAGGCGGGCAGUCAGGAGGGGAUGACAAGAAGGAGUAUUUCAUCUAGGGGCACCUGCUCACCUCCUGCAACCCCCCACCAGGGGCCCCGUGGGGACUGCUGGGGCCGUCACCAACCCGGACUUGUACAGAGCGACCCCAGGGCCGCCCCUCCCGCUUGCUCCCCAGCCCACCCACCCCCCUGUACAGAAUGUCUGCUUUGGGUGCGGUUUUGUACUCGGUUUGGAAUGGGGAGGGAGGAGGGCGGGGGGGAGGGGAGGGUUACCCUCAGCCCUUUCCGUGGCUUCUCUGCGUUUGGGUUUAUUAUUAUUUUUGUAACAAUCCCAAAUCAAAUCCGUCUCCAGGCUGGAGAGGCAGGGCUCCUGGGGUGAGGAAAGCAAAAAACAAAAACAAAAACAAACAAACAAAAAAAAAAGCGCAAAACGAAAAAAAA